AUGACUAAAUAUUGCUCUGAUCGUUUUAAUAAAAUAAUAAUUACCCGAAUAAUGGCAUCUGUUUGUGGUGCUGAUAUAGUUCAUCCGAACUUCAAAAUGUCCUGGUUAACAUGGACCGUGAUAGUUGCCAUUAACGCAUUUUGCUGUACAAUUUAUACCAUUUAUAUAGGACUAGUUGUGGAUGGUGACUGGAAAGUUAUUUUGCAGACUUUAAGUUUAGUAGGAAGUGCCGCACAGGGUUAUAGUAAAUUGCUUUUGGCUCUUUAUCGUCGUUGGGUUAUGAUUUCUAUGAAUCAAAAUCUGGAAAAAAUUUACAAGGAAUAUCAAAAUGACAAAGACUAUAUGAAGAUUCUAUCCUAUCGUAUUGAUUUGAAUACAAGACUUUUGAAAAUUGUCUUAUUGAUAUAUGUUCUUGCCGUGUUGCUUAUUGUUUCGUAUCCUCUAAUAUAUAGUUUAUUGUAUGAUGAGAAAUUAUUUGUUAUGCAAUUUUUAUUGUCCGGUGUAGACCCUCUAACUCACGUUGGCUAUGUGGUACAUAAUAUUGUUCAUAUUAUUCUUAUGUUUCUGGGAGGUUUUGGAAAUUUUGCUGGUGACAUGUAUAUUUUUAUAUUUAUCACACAUAUUCCUAUGUUGAAGGAUAUUUUAAGGAUAAAGUUUGAAAAAUUUAAUCGGGUAACACUUAAAACUCGGGAUACUAAGAAAACGUUACCUCUUUUAAAGAAGAUCGUCGAGUGGCAUCAGAAUUAUAAUAAAUUCGUUAAACAAGUUGAAGAAUCCUAUUAAGGUGUAAUAUUUGUUCAAGUUUUUACUUCGGUAGUCAGUAUCUGUUGCACCCUCUUCUGCAUUAUAGUACGCAGUUGGCCAGCUGCCUUCGUUUAUUUAGCUUACAGUACAAUCAUGUUAUAUGCAUACUGUGGACUUGGCCAUUUAGUGGAAACAUCGAAUGACGAAGUAAUGUACGUUAUUUAUGGCGAUUGCUUGUGGUUCGAACUAUCUAGGUCCGAACAAAAUUUAAUUCUCUUAAUGAUACGAAAGUCCCAAAAACCAAUAACGUUGACUAUUGGCCAAAUUAUGCCAUUGUCCAUGAGUACGACUCUGAAGUUAACGAAAGCUAUCUAUAGUUAUAUGAUGAUGCUUUUGAAUUUUUUGGAAAUGGAUGAUAUUUGA